CGCGACUAGCGCGUCUUCUCAUCCUGUUCUCAAACGCCCAUUGCUCUAUCGGUCUCUUUCCCGUUUUCUCCUCAAUCGCAAUUUAACCUCUCAAGCUACACGACGAAGGGUAGAGCAGAGGUGGAAUGUCUCUGCUGUCGGAUAGACAGAAGGAAGAACUGUGGGUGUUCCUUCAAUUCGUUGUUUCCUCAUGCAACUUCAGAGCGCGCCUACUGAUACUACCGGAUUAUAGUCACAAGUCAGUUCUUGAAUACCUCCACGCCAACAACUUCACAGAUGCUUUCAAUUCACUCAAAUCGGAUACUGGGCUCGAUUAUGCGCCAGACCCGAAGUCGAAAUAUGCGGGGUUGCUAGAGAAGAAGUGGACAAGUGUGAUUCGGCUACAGAAGAAGAUUAUGGAUCUGGAGAACCGCAAUGCAACCCUUCAAGAAGAGCUUUCACUUUCUCCUGCGAAGCGUGCUGCGAUGCAAACGGAUUGGGUGCCGCGCGCUCCAGCUUCAUAUGUAUUGCAAGGGCAUCGGCUUCCAGUUCUCAAAGUCGCGUUCCAUCCAACAUUCAAUCUUAUUGCAUCCGCAAGUGAGGAUACAACUGUGAAAAUAUGGGACUGGGAGACAGGAGAAUUCGAGCGUACACUUAAAGGCCACACCCGAGCGGUGAACGACGUUGAUUUUGACAGCAAGGGAAAUCUUCUAGUGACCUGUUCGUCCGAUCUCUUUAUCAAGAUAUGGGAUGUACAGAAUGAGUGGAAGAACACAAGGACAUUCCCAGGACACGAACAUACGGUGUCUUGCGUACGUUUCAUGCCAGGCGACCAGCAUAUUGUCAGUGCAAGUCGAGAUCGAACAAUAAGGAUCUUCGACGUGGCUACUACGCAUCUUGUUCGGACAAUUUCUGGUCAUACAGAUUGGGUGCGAUGUGUCGUGCCAUCUGACGACGGCCGUUUGAUAGCAAGCUGUUCGACUGACCAAACAGCGCGAGUCUGCGAUCCGUUGAGUGGAGAAUUGAAAAUGGAGUUCCGUGGACAUGACCACACAAUCGAGGUCGUGGUUUUCGCACCCAUUGCAGCAUACGCGGCGAUCCGAGAAUCAGCUGGUAUUCCAAAUACGGAUAGAUCGAAGAGGCCAGGUGCAUACAUUGCAACGGGUUCACGAGACAAGACAAUUAAAUUGUGGGAUGUUCAGAGCGGACAGAUGCUGCGCACUCUCGCUGGUCAUGACAAUUGGGUGCGAGCACUUGUCUUCCAUCCAACAGGCAAAUUCCUGUUGUCAGCUUCGGACGACUAUACCAUUCGAGUCUGGGAACUUGCGACAGGUCGUUGCGUCAAGACUGUUCAAGCGCAUUCUCAUUUCGUCACUUGCCUUGCUUGGGGUCGUCAAACAACCGCAAAGUCGACCGGGGAGGGAUCGUCGCAUACAAAUGGAGCUUCGGAUGUCAAAGUUGAUGCAGAGAAGAUUGUGAAUGUUGUGGCAUCAGGGAGCGUAGACCAGUCAAUCAAGAUCUGGCUUCCAUGAUCAUCACUUCUUUCGCAUUCUACUCUUCGGCCGGGAGGAUUCUGUUUGCUACUAAUUGCAUGUUGUGGGCACUAUAGACUACUACUAAAUAAUGACCGUGGCCGCUCUCGUACUUGGAAUUGUUGUUCUCUUCAUAACGCUACGUACCCAUCACGGAUUUGUCUUUGCACGAAGUCGUCUCCUUACCAUCGUUCAAAUGUUUUUCUACUUUGCUGUCCUCUACGCCUUUGCCUUACACUAUAUCAAUCGACUUAUACCCUUGUCAAUAUUCAACGCCUGUGAAGGUGCUGACCACCUUUCUUUUUCGGUCUGUAGUGAGGGCCUUUGCGCUAGCAACUUGCAGGAACAACAUUUACCACGAGUGGCAAGUGCACGUGCCUGUAUCGCGUCGCGUCGCGCGUGUGGCGGUAAGGAGUGGCGAAGGCCCUUUGUUAGCACUGGGCCCAACAAAAGGUUGCCAUUAACAGUCUUGUUUCCAUACCUCCAUCAUCACUGCUUGUAUCCCUUCCCAAUUCACAUACAGCAUCCGUUUGACUCAGACAUGUCUCCAAUC